AACGUCGCUCAAGAAAAAGUAGAAGAAGAGGAAGACACUUCCUGCGCUGAUGUUAACAGAAACAAAUUUUCAAGCAUUCAUGGCUUGACGGCAAAUAAAUGUGCUGGAAUUGAACAAACUACAACUCAAGAUGAAUUACGUACCAGGGACAGCGAGCCUCAUUGACGACAUCGACAAAAAACACCUGGUGCUGCUCCGAGAUGGAAGAACUCUGAUUGGUUACCUCAGAAGCAUCGAUCAGUUUGCCAAUUUAGUGUUUCACCAGACGGUGGAGCGCAUCCACGUGGGGAAAAAGUUUGGAGACAUCCCGAGAGGAAUUUUCAUCGUGAGGGGGGAAAAUGUGGUGCUGCUUGGGGAGAUGGACGUGGAUAAGCCUUGUGACACCAUCCUGCAGCAGGUCUCCAUUGAAGAGAUCCUGGAGGAGCAACGGCUGCAGCAGCAAGCCAAACAGGAGACGGAGAAAGUCAAGAUGCAGGUGCUGAAGGAUCGAGGCCUUUCCAUUCCCAAAGCGGAUAACUUGGACGAGUACUAAAGCAGCCUUUUUGUUUCUUUGAGCCUCUUCUCUGUUUUGUAUCGGACUGAUAAGUUGUACGUUUGAUCCGAGGGUAUUUUUGUUUUGUGGUCUGUGGGCAGAAUUAUCAUGUUGGAUGUAUUUACUGUACUGGUCGAUUUUAUUUGAAGUAUUUGGAGAAAAAAAAGUGAUCAGGUAUUCUCAGUUUUGCAAGAUCAUGGCAGCAAAAGUACAAAACUUUUGUUUUUCCAAAUAACUUAGUAGUUUUGACUUCACAGAAGCACUUUGUAUUUGUCACAGUGUGGUGAGUUUCAUGUUUGAGGAUUUCUGUGUCUGCUGAAGGCAAACACUGCUUUCUCAAAUAAAAGAAUGAUUAGUUUCUCUUUAUGGGAACAGGUUGGAAAAAUCUGUGAUCACAUCAUCCAAUCAUUCCUGUUGAUGGUGGCCUCACAAACUAGAGCUAUCCAUCAGGCUGCAUGCCUCAGAGUGACCUACAUGAGAGAUGCCAAUCUACAAGCUAAAGGCAUCAUUCACUGUGGCAAUUGAAUUGAGGCAUAUCUGUGGAUCAGACAGCCCAUGUCCUGUUGUAGAGAUCAUGGUGCGUCCAAACAGAUUGAUCCUAUCUGCCUUCAUCAGUCAAUGAGCCUGUUAAUUGUUCGGAUUGAUGAUCAUGUAACUGAGCUGCUGUGAGGGAAACCUAUUGUACAUGCAGCCCAUUAUUAAACCAAUCACUGCUGCUGCCACGUGGA